GACAAACAGUACAACCAUCUAUACAUCAUGUCUGAGUACGAUACAGAUAUUGCUGCUGUUGUCAUUGACAACGGAUCUGGGAUGUGUAAAGCCGGCUUUGCUGGGGAUGACGCCCCACGUGCUGUGUUUCCAGCUGUCAUUGGUAGACCCAAGUACGACGUCUACAUGGCCGGGAUGGGAACCAAGGACUGCUACAUCGGGGACGAGGCACAGAGUAAGAGAGGUAUCCUCAGUCUGAAAUAUCCCGUUGAGAACGGCAUCGUCAACAACUGGGACGACAUGGAACGUGUGUGGCAUCACACCUACUACAACGAGCUGAGAGUAGCACCCGAGGAGCACCCAGUACUUCUGACGGAGGCACCACUCAACCCCAAGUCUAACAGAGAGAAGAUGGUGCAGAUCAUGUUUGAGACAUUCAACACUCCCGCCUUCUAUGUGAGCAUCCAGGCGGUGUUGUCGCUGUACGCCUCGGGGAGAACCACUGGCGUCGUCCUCGACUCGGGAGAUGGCGUCUCGCACGUCGUGCCCAUAUAUGAAGGCUACGCCCUGCCCCACGCUGUCCGGAGAAUGGACCUGGCUGGCCGUCACCUGACCUCCUACCUCAGCCGGAUUCUUCACGAGAGAGGAUACAACUUUACUACAUCAUCUGAGAAGGAGAUAGUGCGAGACAUCAAGGAGAAACUCUGCUAUGUUCCCCUGGACUUCGAGUCAGAGAUGGCGUCAGCUGCACAGUCCAGCGCCAUUGAGAAAGGAUACGAGCUGCCGGACGGGUCUGUGAUAACUAUCGGCAAUGAGAGGUUCCGAGCUCCGGAGUGUCUGUUCCAGCCGAGCUUCACGGGUAUGGAGAGUACAGGCAUCCACGAGAUGGUCAACAGCUCGGUGAUGAACUGUGACAUUGACAUCAGGAAGGAUCUGUACAGCAACGUGGUUCUGUCAGGAGGAUCAACAAUGUAUCCAGGUCUGGCAGACCGUAUGGUGAAGGAACUGAGUGCCAUCGUACCGUCUACAAUCAAGGUCAAGGUUAUUUCUCCACCUGAGCGGAAGUACUCGGUGUGGAUCGGCGGCUCCAUCUUGGCCUCGCUUUCAACCUUUCAACAAAUGUGGAUCUCCAAGCAGGAGUAUGAUGAAUCUGGACCAAGCAUUGUUCACAGGAAGUGUUUCUGAGUGUCAUGUUGUGACAGGCAGUUGGCAUUGACGAAACGUGCUACAAAUCUUUGACUGGUGGGGACCAGGGUGGAACAGGCCUUCAAGACGCCCCAAAAGUGCUGAGUUGUGCUGGGAAUGAAACUCAUGAAUUAAGAAAUCUCGAUUCGCCCGAACUGUGUUUCUUGGAUUGUCAGCACCAUACCCAUACUUGUGGGUUUCACCAUCAUAGUUGUAAACGUCUUGAAGAAUGGAAAUGAUGCGUUCCUAAAUAUCUGCAACUGCAACCACAAUGACUGGACUGUGAUACCGAUAUAAUAGAUGAUUUGUUUGUUCCGCUGGUUGAGACUACAAUGCAAUAUGAAUGUAGAUCCUUAAUGUGUCACCUUUAGGGUGCCAUUUCCAAUAUAAGCUGAUGUUACUGAACAUUGUGUAUAUAUACAUAUUAUGUGUAUAUGUUGACGUACCUGAUUCUAUCUUAAUAUAAACUGACCGUAAAAUAUUCUUCGGUAAAAUAUUUUCUUAAAAACGGCAUUAAUAUUGAACAAGUGUUUUGAUUCUGCCUUGUCACAAACAUUGUACAAGUGUUUCCAAAACACUACAGAUAUCGUACCCAGUUACAACAUUGGUUGCAAAAUAUUUAUGUUUUGGGGGUUGAAUAGUCCCAAAACACCAAGUGUGUACUUUCUUAUGUACAUCGGUAUAUAAUUAUAUUUUUAUUACGCCUUGUGUAGAGGAUAUCACUUCAAUCCAUGUGUACAUAUCACAAAUCGCUGACUUGGUUAACACAUGUCAUCGUAUCCCAAUUGCGCCGAUAGAUGAUCAUGCUGUUGAUCACUGGAUUGUCUGGUCCAGACUCGUUAAUUUACAGACCGUCGCCAUAUAGCUGGAAUAUUGCUGAGUGCGGCGUAAAAUUAAACUCGCAUAAUUAUCACAAAUAAUCUCAUCUGUACAUUUGACACAUAAACCUAUAAUGUAUACACGCUAUGUGACGUAAAUAAAUGUUCGUCUAUGUUCA